AAAGCAUCCAGCAGAGUGGAGCGUCCACCACACCAGCUGGUUAAGUUGUCCUCUUCCUGUCUUUCUCCUCCAUUCCCCAGCAGCUUCAAGCAGGACUACAGACGUCCCAGAGACUUCCGCUCCUCAGACAACCCCACACGGCUCGUCACCGUCUGCUUUCUCCGGCGACUGCGGAUUUAUCUUCGAGCCUUUCGUGCACCGGUCCGAGUUGGAAGAGCAACAGCCUCCACCGGAGCAUCAGUGAGGUAAAAAAUUUCUACAUCACACUGCAGUCAUGGAUGAGAUGGACCUGCCCCAGAUGAAGAAGGAAGUGGAGAGCCUCAAGUAUCAGUUGGCCUUCAAACGAGAGAAGUCCUCCAAAACAGUGACAGAUUUGGUGAAGUGGAUAGAGGAUGGCGUCCCAGAGGAUCCCUUCUUGAACCCGGAGCUAAUGAAGAACAACCCGUGGGUGGAGAAAGGAAAAUGCAUCCUUCUGUAGGAGAAGGCGCUCAGCCUGUCAUUCCCCGUCGAUGUAAACCGCACCUACAGAGGAACCCCCGACCCCCCCAGGACGCUGCCUCCCAACCUCUCACCAUGAAUGUACAACAAUCCCCAACACGCACCCCCCACCACAAAACACACCGACACACUUUUGCCUGACUGCCACACUUUCACUGCAAGUUCAUUCUUGCAUUGUUACUGUAUAACGAUCAAUACUCCACCUAGUCUCUAUAUACGACAACCUACUUAUGCAGCCGUAAGGCACAAUGUUUCAUUCUGUUUUUGCUAUGAACAUCUACGCUGUUUUGUUCAAUACUCGUCGAUGAGCUAAACCUUCUAACAUCCUCACUCUCACUAUCAGCCACAGACAUAUAUUAUACUUUUCACUUCUUACCAACUUACUAAACUAACUUUUUUAUUUCCAAAAUAAACUGCAUAAUUAGAUGGAUGACAUAACGAUGCCUUAACGUCGCUCAUGGUCAUUAUUUGCAUUCAUGCAAUUUUUCUUGUGUUGGCACAUAACAGUUUUAAUAAUCAAUCCAACCCACCAAGUUGCUUCAGAUAAUACUACAUGUAAAGACAUUGCGACUGUAUGAUUAUUAUUUUUUGUACUUGUUAGUCAUUGUACACUGGGGAUGUCCAAACUUUUUCUACCAAAGUUAUUUGGUAUUAUUAGGGUUAUUAUUAUUAGGGUUAUUAUUAGGGAUGCCCGAUAUUUUUGCCAAAAAAUGAUAUGCUGAUAUUGUCCAACUCUCAAUUUCCAAUACUGAUAUCAGCUGAUACGGAUAUGGUUUCCACUCGACUCCCACUUCAUAGCUACAGUGAUAGUUCCCCCUCACUGUGCAGGGAGCUUGUUCAUACUAGGGACCGUCACUAAAUUAUUCAUUCAUUUUCUACCGCUUAUCCUCACAAGGGUCGCGGGGGUGCUGGAGCCUAUCCCAGCUGUCUUCGGGUGAGAUUCGGGGUACACCCUGGACUGGUCGCCAGCCAAUCACAGGGCACAUAUAGACAAACAACCAUUCACACUCACAUUCAUACCUAUGGACAAUUUGGAGUCGCCAAUUAACCUAGCAUGUUUAUGGAAUGUGGGAAGAAACCAGGAAUUGAACUCGGGUCUCGGAGCUGUGAAGGCUUCGUGCUAACCACGUGUCCUCCAUGCAGCCCACUAAAUUAUUAUUGUGUUUAAGUGUUUAUUAAAAAAAGAUCAUAUAUUCUAAAUCACAACACAAAGCUGGGAUGCAGUUGGGAUGCAGGUGGGAUGCGGCAUGCGACCACACAUCCCUGUGAUGAGAGUCAAGAGCACGAGUAACGCUUUAAACCAACUACUCAGUGCAUCUCUUAAGGUGUCAGGGACUGACAUAGUAUCGAGCAGCUAGAUCGCAGACCAAUAAAAAACAAACUACGGGCCACAAGUGGCCCCUGGGCCACACUUUGGACACCCCUAUUGUACAUGAUUCAUUUCAGACAUUUUCAUAAUUUAUUCUAAGGCUUUUCUGCAAACAUGAGUUUGAAAAAGUGUGCAUAUGCCCCAUAAUUGAAGUGAUAUAUAUUUUAGCAUUGCACAUCCGAUGAUACAGAAAUACUAAAAAGACUAAAUUCACUGCCUGGAAUAUUUCACCAAACAACAAAAGCCUUUCCCCGUACUAAAAGUAGACACGUUUACAGCUUUGCUUUGAAGCAUGUUUUUAUUAUAUACCAUAUUAACGCAUGUUGUUGUUCUUUCCUGUCAUUAGAUCCGAGUGUGUGUGUCUACAUGUGUGUGUGUGUUGUUGUUCCGGGCCUCUCGAGGGGUUUUUCGUUCUCCCUCCCCUCCUUACCGACAGUCCCCACGGACAACACAGUCAUCGUGCAAACACUCUCUUGACCCCUUUAACUUAUGAAACCUUUUGCUCUAUUUAUUUUAUUUAUUUAUUUAUGACAACCUUUUCCUGUGAUGUUUGGGUUUUUUUUGUCUCCAUCUGCCUCAUAUUCCCAUAUUUCCCAAGAGAAUUCCGAGAAUGCAAAACCUUGUCAGAUCAACUGCCUUGGAUACAAUUUCCUUAAAACAAGAAUGUACAUACGUAUUUGGCAUGAGGUUUGAACACUAGUACUGACCACUGUCUGUGUUGUCAUUUUGUGUCACGUUGCUUGGUGGGAAAGGUGAUGAAGUAGGACGACACGGGAACCUCACGUCAUCUCAGUACUGUAAUGACUCUCAUUAUGUUGGAUUUUUCCAGAUCCCCAAAGGCUUAUUCUGUAAUUGAGUGACUUUUGUACAAUGGAUUAAUUGCAUAUAUUUAAUUGAAAGUACAUGGUCUGAUGAUGUGCUAAUUAAUUCAUAUUUGCAUGCAUAAAACAGCACUUCUGUCCUUGUCAAUCAUAUAUGAGAGGAACUUAUUGCCAAGCAGGUACUGGUUAUAUUUAGUAAAUUGUGCUACUAAAAAAAUAAUGUUACUUCAAAAGUACCCCCUGUAAUAACAUAUUUCAUUUUUAAUUUCAUGGUUUUCCUAGUUUUAGAUGCUAGCCAUGCUAAUUUUUGAUGUUUUGCUGGUCAGUGCAUGACAAGGGACUCGUAAAGUGGAUUCCACCUUCUGAGUUCCGUGUUUGGAGUUUGUCCAGCAACCCUAGUGCUCUCAGUUCUGGUCUUGAAAUUCAAUGUUCUAUGGUCUCUUCUCCAACAUUAGAACUGAAUGUUGAGGGUAUUGAACUGAUCACAACUGGAACCUUUGCCUUGGUCUUGACUCUUAAAUCAUCUUUGUUGUGUCGGAUUGGGAGCGAGGUCUUGUAUCUCUGGGUUUUGUUCAUCAGUGAGGGAAGGUUGGGGUUUGGUCAUUGCAGUCAUUGUACCGGACCGUCGUGGUGAAGAGAGAGCUGAGUCGGAAGGCAAAGCUCUCAAUUUACCAGUCGAUCCAUGUUCUUCUCUCCCUCACCAAUGGUCAUGAGCUUUGGAUCAGGACCGAAAGAAUGACACGGCGGAUACAAGCGGCUGAAAUGAGUUUCCUCCAUAGGGUGGCUGGACUCACCCUAAGAGUAGAGUAGAGUAGAGCCACUGCUCCUUCACAUCUAAAGGAGGCUCGGCCAUCUAGUCCAGAUGCCUCCUUGGUGUUCUGGGCAUGCCCAGCCAGGCCAUGGCCCCAGGGCAGACCAAGGACACGCUGGAGGGAUUAUGUCUCACAGCUGGCCUGGGAACGUCUUGGGGUCAACCUGGGGGGAGCCGGAAAAGGUGGCAGGAGACCGUGAAGUGUGGACUUCCCUGAGACCGACCCGAAUUACUGGAAGAAGAAGGAAUGGAAAGGAAUCUUUGUAAAUUAUUUUUCUUAUUAUAAUUUUAUGAUUUUACUGCCAUAUUUUGACUUAAUUCAUAUAAUAUUAUAGCUUUUUCCUCCACCAAUUUUUUCAAAAAAUACUUUAUUUUGUUUUGUUUCUAAUAACAUUAAAACUUUGAAAUUUAAAAAAUAUGUUCUUUAGUAUUUAACAUUUUUGCAUAUAGUUGUGUAAAAUUUUUACUUUUUUUUCAUUACAAUUUAAAUUACAUUUUCCAACUAUUUCAGCUUUCUUCUUGUAAAUGUUUUUGUCAUAAUAUGUUCUUCCCAUAAUAUUAUAUGAUUUAAUAUAUAUAUAUUAUUACUUAAUAUUAUUGUCAAAUAAUAUUAUUUUCCCCAACCAAAUUUUCACAAUUUUAUUUUUGUGUUAUUUGUUUCCCAUAUAAAUGAAAAAAAUAUUAAAAUGUUAACUUUUUCUAGUUAUAUUUUGACUUUAUUCUCACAAAACUUUUGAUUUUUCUAAUUUUAUUUAAUUUGACUUUUUUGUAGUUUUCUUGUUAAACAGCUACUUUCUGCAAAUGGCCCCCAGGACACACUCUGAACACCCCUGAUCAAAACAGUCCAGUUGUGAUUGAUUCAAUAUCCUGCGAAUAUUAUGACCUGGAGGAAAGAGACAUUUGAACUGAACAAUCUCCCAUUGGAAAAGCAGCAAAUGCUGUUUGCUGGAGAUGCUCAGCACUUUUCCUGCCCCUGGUUUGUGCUUAUUGGCUAUGACAUCUGUAACUCUUUAGUUCCGUUUUGUAUAACCUGAAUGUAUGUGUGUGGUAUCUUUGAUUUUAAUGUCAGCAUAACCUUGUGUCAAACUAGCUAGCAGCAUAUCCUCCUUGUGAGAAUGCUUUGGAGUUCCUAUUAUGCAUCAGACUAAGCCCAAGUGUAAAGAUGACAAGCAAUAAAUUCAAGAUCAUUUUUUAUUGGAUUUUUUGCAAGAACAUUUAUCUUAAUAAAGUAGAC